UCCGCAAAAAAGUUGCCGUCUGUGUUGAGGCUGUCAUGUUGUCACACAAAUGUCACUUGUCAAAAAUGUAAACCGAAGCAUGACAACAAAAUGCAUUUUAAUUGUUUGUAGUGUGAUUGCAUUAAUCGCAAUUUAUUGGCCCGCUCGACAUGCUCGUCAUUACGAUUACAUCGAUUUAGCAGACGUGUACGAUGAACUGUUAUUCGUACAUGUCAAAACCAACAAACCUAACCUCAAAUACUGUGAUUACGAAGAUGUGAUCGUGAACAAUAGCGACGUGGAUGUCGAGGAAGUCGUGGAACAAAGACGCUUCUACAGACCGAAAAACGGCGGCGAGUACAUUCCCCGAACAUGCAACCCUUUGUUGAAAGUCGCUGUGAUAGUCCCCUACAGGAAUCGAUCUCAACAGCUAGAUGUUUUCCUUAAUUACAUGCACAAUUUUUUACAGAAACAGCUGAUUGUGUAUAGGAUUUUUGUAGUAAAUCAGACUGAUAAUUUACCUUUUAAUCGAGCGAAAAUGCUUAAUUAUGGCGCCAAGGUUGCGAUGGAUAUGGAUUUCCCUUGCCUGAUUUUACAUGACGUUGAUUUACUGCCACUGAACAGUGGGAAUAUUUAUAGUUGUAGCAAAAAACCGCGGCAUAUGUCCAGUAGCUUAGAUACUUUUAGGUUUAACUUGCCAUAUUUAACUUUAUUUGGGGGGGCUGUGGCGAUUUCUUCUGAACACUUCCAAGGUAUCAAUGGUAUGUCCAAUCAGUUUUAUGGCUGGGGUGGAGAAGAUGAUGACUUUUACAGGAGGCUUGAAAUCCACAGCUUGUUGCCAUACCGUUUCACACCCAUUAUUAGCAAGUAUACAAUGUUGUUUCAUAAAAAAGAGAAAGCUAGUCCAAGUAGGUACGCUAUGUUAGAGAAGUCAGUUGCGUUGCACAGAAUGGAUGGUUUAUCCUCUCUUCCAGCAAAUUACUCAGUCAAAUCAGAGAAAUUGUACACUCUGGUAAUGGCCUCUUAGGCGAAAUUAGUGACCACGUACCUACUAUUUACCAAAUUGUUGUUAACUGUUUAAUAUUGUAGUUAUUUAUUUACUAGUAUUAGGGGUCUUGUUGUGUACCGCUGUUUCAGUUAUUGAAGUUUGAGACCACUUGCAAUGGUUGAAUGUAUAAAAUGGUGAUAAAAUUGUUAUAGGUAAAGGUAUUCAAACAUAAACAUUUAAGUCAAAUAUGCGAUAUCAUGUUAUUUUGAUAAAAGAGCUCAAUUGUGUCUAUUUUUUAUAUUUAUUGUUAAACAAAUCGAUUUGUUGAGGAAUUUAUUUAUUUGUGUCAUUCAUGUAUCUUUAUUUUUUUAUGUAUUAAUUUUAACUAGUCUUAAGUUUUUUACGAAAACACGUAUUAUAUUCUCUGAUUUUUGUUUUUUUUUACACGAACUCUGUUCAAAAUUGACGUUGUUGGUUAAAAUUUCGUCAUUCUUGGUUAGAUGGCGCCACAGAAAAAACACCUCUACGUCACAAAGUUUCGAAUGCAAAAACCAAGCCAAAUUUUACAAAAUUACGAUGACUGGGAAGUUACCUUGAAUGUUAAUGAAUGUUAAACGAACCGGAGAACUUUAUUUCAAAUGCCACAUUGUAUUGUUUGCAAGAAUUUUUUAGCUAUAGAACAAACAAAACUUGUUUUAAGUUUGUAGAAGUUACAUAAGCUUGAAUAGAAUCGUGAAGUCAAAGAAAUUCGAAAUAAUGCUUUGUAAGAGCUUUUAAAAAGUUUUAUUAUUGUUAUGGAGAUUUUUAUUUAGUUUCCUCUAAGUGGUGUACUUAAAACUUUAUUAAUUUUAACUUUACGAUUAGGUAAUGAAACUGUCUCACUGUAACUCGCUCCCGUUGAAUAAACAAUACAAAUUUAA